AUACUCUGCACACCUACGCCUACUAACAAUGCCUCUUCCCUUCUUCUCUCUCUUCCUCCUUCUUUCUCUGAUCUCUUACCCUCCCUCCAACGCCGCUGCAAACUUCCGGCAAAAUGCACAUCAAGAUCUGGUCCGCUCAUCCUGUCGCCACGCCAGCUACCCUAACCUUUGCAUCCACACUCUCUCCUCCUACUCUGGCCCAGCCAACACCCCGCGCGAUUUAGCCCAAGCGGCCGUGAAGAUCAGCCUGGCCCGCGCCCAUAGAGUCUCCAAGUACCUAAGAAACGUUUCUGGACUUAAAAGUAAGAGAGAGCGAGGGGCAGUGAGAGACUGCGUGGAGCAGAUAUCUGAUUCAGUGGAUGAACUGAGGAGCACACUGAGUGAGUUGAAGCAUUUGAGAGGAGAAACGUUUGGAUGGCAGAUUAGCAAUGCGGAGACAUGGGUGAGUGCAGCGUUGACGAACGAGGACACUUGUCUUGAUGGAUUUGAAGGAGUGGAGAGCAAAGUGAAGAAUGAUGUGAAGAGGAAGAUGAGGAAUAUGGCUAGGGUUACUAGUAAUGCUCUGUACAUGAUUAAUCAGCUUGAUGAGAGUCGACGGAGGCCGAAGUCCGAUGAUCCUUGAAGGUUUGAAGAUGGAUGGUUGUUUGUAAGUUUGAUUUGUGAAUCUGCUCAUUAUUAGUUGCUGCUGUGUAAUGUUGAACUUUGAAACUUUUAGCCCUUUGUUUUUUGUUUUACAGCUAAUUUUAUGCCGUUCAGAUCAGUUGUAUGUAUGAUUUUACUUGUUACCUUCCAACCUUUACUCCACUUUGAAUAAGUUAUUUUACUCAAGAUUAUCUGAA